AUGGCUGACCAACAACCCACAAAUCCCGUUCCUCCUCCAGCUGAGGCCCCCAAGACGGAGCCUGCUGCUACACCUGCGCCCGCGGUCCCUGACGGCACUCUUGCAGGCACACCAGCGCCUGCCCCUGGGGGUGAGGGCGCGACGAUCUCCAAGAAAGCCGCUAAGAAGGCGGAAGCCAAGGCUAAGAAGGAGGCCGAAAAGGCCCGCCGUGCCGCUGAGCUGGCCGCAAAGCAGGCUGCUGCCAACGCUGCUCAGAGUGAGGACAACGCAAAGGAAAACUACGGCCCGGAGUCGCCUGAGAAGCAAAUCUCUCCCGACGCCAUUGAGAUCCACCUGAAGGAUAUUGGUGAGGAGCAUGUUGGCAAGACCGUCGAGCUUCGGGCCUGGCUGCAGAACGCCCGCAUGCAGGGUGCUAAGAUGGUUUUCGUCGAGCUGCGAGAGGAGGGUAACUGGUCAAUCCAAGGCAUUGCCACUGCCAGCCCGGAGGGAAAUCCAGUCAGUCGCCAGAUGGCCAAGUGGAUUGGUUCUAUCAACCCCGAGAGCUUCGUCGUUGUUGAGGGCACUGUUGCAAAGCCCGCUGUUCCGGUUAAGGGCUGCACCGUCUCGAACUACGAGCUCCACAUCACCAAGUGCUAUCUCCAUGCCGCUGCCCCUGCUAUGCUUGGCAUGACUCUCGCUGCUGCAAACAGGCCUAUUACCAACUUCAGUGAUGAGGAACAGCAGGCUUCUGUUGAGCAGAAAGUCGAGAAGCUCAGCAUUUCUGAGCCAGCUGGUAUUCCUGCUGCCUCGAUGCUCACUCAUCUUGAUAACAUAGUCAUGCACAAGCGGUCCCCUCUGCAGCAGGCCAUUGCUGAUAUCCGUGCCGAGAUGAAGCAGCUCUACCGGGAGUACUUGAGGUCCCAGGGUUUCAAGGAGUUUGAGCCUCCUUGCCUUAUUGGCGCUGCUUCUGAGGGUGGUGCAAAUGUGUUCCGUCUGCCAUACUUUGACAAGGAGGCCUACCUUGCCCAGUCUCCUCAGUUUUACAAGCAGAUUGAGAUCGCCGGCGGUCGGAAGCGUGUUUUCAGCUGUGGCCCGGUCUUCCGCGCCGAGAACUCGAAUACCCCUAGGCACAUGACCGAGUUUACAGGUCUCGACAUGGAAAUGGAAAUCAAGAAGGACUAUCAUGAGGUCCUGGAUGUGCUGGAGAACUGCCUGUUGUACAUCUUCAGGAAUAUUAAGGAGCGCUGUGCCAAGGAGAUCGCCCUUGUUCGCUCUGUUUAUCCCUGCGAGGAGUUCCUAUUCCCCGAGCCUGGCAAGACCGUACGUCUGACCUUUGCUGAGGGCCAGAAACUUCUCCGGGAGGAGGGUCCUGAGGAGUUCCGCAACGUGCGUGAUGACGAGGACAUGACCACUCCCCAGGAGAAGGCUCUCGGAGCCCUCGUCCGCAAGAAAUACGGCACUGAUUUCUACACCCUCGACAAGUUUCCUGAGAGCGCGCGUCCGUUCUAUGCCAAGGAGGACCCGGCCAACCCCAAGGUCACCAAUGCAUAUGACUUGUUCAUGCGCGGUCAGGAGAUCUGCUCUGGUGGCCAGCGUAUUAACGACCCUGUCGAACUGGAGGCACGUAUUCGUACCAAGGGUAUCGACCCCAACAGCCCCGGUAUCAAAGAGUAUGUAGAUAUCUUCAGGCAAGCCGGUGUCCCUGCUCAUGGAGGUGGUGGUAUUGGCUUGGACCGCGUUGUUGCAUGGUACCUCAACUUGCCUAGCGUGCAUCUUGCGGCGUAUUACCCACGUACGCCUAAGAGGCUGCUUCCAUGA